AUGAGCAUGGCGUCCACUACGGGCAGACAUAGCGCCUUGAGGGCCGCCACCGCCGACAACGGCACCGGUUGGGAUCGCGGUCACGAGGGGCUCAUUGUGCAGCCAUCUUCCUACCUCCGCCCCCGAGGUCUGUCGCAUCCAAUGGCUUUCGUAACAGCAGGGGCCCUGUCUGAGAGGGCGAUUGACCGAGAAGAGCGUCAAGGUUUGCGUGCCAUUCGCAAUUUCCUCAAAGUCCGCAACAGUUACGAUGUCCUGCCGCUCAGUUUCCGUCUCAUUAUUUUCGACACUUCGUUAUCCGUCAAAGAGAGCUUGAAUAUCUUAAUCCAGAAUGGCAUCGUAUCGGCACCGUUAUGGGAUUCCAAAACUUCGACAUUCGCUGGACUGUUGACGACUUCUGACUAUAUCAAUGUUAUUCAAUAUUAUUUCCAGAACCCAGCCGAUCUGGACCAGAUCGACGGGUUUCGACUAGACCAUCUCAGAGAUGUCGAAAAAGCACUUGGUGUUGCUCCUCCGGAAACCAUCUCCAUCGACCCCGAGCGUCCCCUCUACGAAGCAUGUCGGCGCAUGCUCGAAUCGCGAGCCCGCAGAAUCCCCCUGGUUACGAACGACAGCCAAACGGACCGGGCGCAUGUUUUGAGUGUCGUCACCCAGUAUCGUAUUUUGAAGUUUGUUGCGGUCAACGUCAGUGAUACCCAGAAGCUGCGGAAGCCCCUCCAGGAAUUAUUACUGGGCACCUAUGAUGACAUUGCGACUGCGUCGAUGGAUACCCCAGUCAUAGAUGUUAUCCACAUUCUGGUGAAAAAGAGCAUUUCCAGCGUGCCGAUCCUGAACUCCGAAGGCGUUGUGUACAAUGUUUUCGAGGCAGUUGAUGUGAUCUCCUUGAUCAAGGGCGGCGUUUAUGACGAUCUGAGUUUGACCGUUGGUGAAGCUUUGAAAAAGCGUUCUCCGGACUUCCCGGGCAUCUACACCUGCUCACUUACAGAUGGGCUGGACACCAUUUUUGAUACGAUCCGCAAGUCUCGCGUGCACCGCUUGGUCGUGGUGGAUGAACAUUUCCGGCUCAAGGGUGUCCUCACUUUGAGUGACAUUCUACAAUACAUCCUUCUUGAGGGUGAAACCGAUGAAACGUGA